UCCAAAGACAACCAAAGCGCUCCCCCGUCCGUCAAAAGCGACGCCCUUUGCUCGACGCCAACCUCCCUCCCUCGCUCCUCUUCCUCCUACCACCUUUCGGUAUCGUCUCUUUCCUUUACCUCCUUUCGCUUUCUCCCCUUCCCUCUCUCGUCUCCUAGUAAUUUCUUUCAAGAGUUUGCUCGAUCAAGAGAUCUGGGCGAAGAAAGAGUCAGGUCUCCGCUGCCCUUCGCCCGGUGUGUGAUCUCCAUUCGCGAGGUUCCCAGGGAACUGGGCGGACGCCGCCAAAGAGGAGUGCACGUCGGGGGACGUGAGGAUGGCAGCGGCAAAUGGGGAUUCGCGGGGCGGAUUUGAUGGGGGCGUCGAAUGUGAUUCUCAGGAAACUGAGGAUGGAUCGAAGUUUUAUAAAGAAAUCGAGGUCUUUGAGGAGGCCUUAGAGCCGCCGCCGCAGCAUUUUCUUCCCGAUUCUGGUGUGGCGAGUGGAGUUGAGGAUGGAGCAGCGACUGAAUUAGGACUGUCCAUUGAGUCGCGAGAUCUACAGACCGUGGUGCAUGAGAGGGAGCUUAAUGAAGAAGAAAUGAUUGUCGAAAAGUUUUAUGGUGCUGAAGUAGAAGUUCAAGAGGGAGAAGAGGAAGAAAAGUUGGACACAUCAACUCAGCUGUUUCAGAGACAUGAACAAGAAGAUGAGGAGAAGGAAGAACAAGAAGAAGAAAACGAAGGAGUAGAAGUCAUUGUUUCUGGUAAGUUGGAUGCAUCAAUUGAUUGUCAAAAUAUCAAUCAGAAUUUUGAAGAACAUGUAGUGGUUGUAUCUGAGGAAGGGACCAGAACUUGUGAUGAAUGUGACUGUGCGUGCAGCAAACCGGAAGAUGUGCAAGAACCCAUGUCUAUUCAAUCAAAUUAUCCUAUUUCAAGUAGUGAGGCUGCAGGUGGGAUGGGUGAAGUUACAAAUGGAUCUUCUUUUAUUGUGGAUGACAAGGAAUUAACUGUUGGGGAUGGUAUUAAGGAAUUUGCUGGAAACAAGUUCAAGUUCGAAGAGAUCGAGAGGAUGAAAUUAGAUAGGCCAGAUGGUCUUCCUCAUGAAGGUCCUGAAAAUGGAGAGUCCCUUGAAGUAACUUCUGAUGAGUGUGGGAAAAAUAAUGACACUGAAUCAAAUGAACAGUUUGUUCAUCAAAAUGGGCGACAACAGAUGGACAUAACAGCUCAAUCAGUAGCUGUUUCUGAAGAGCCAGUAAAAUUUCAGCAGCUGAAAGAAAAUAGUGCUGAACCUGAUGAUGGUUUUGCACCAAGGAAUGGACACGCUUCUGUGAAAAAGGAAGAUGGCGGUGUUGCAACUAACGGACAUGCUAUUUUGGAAAAAGAUGGAUCAUCCUGCUCUCAUGUCCCCAAUACAGCUAAUGGUCCACUAAAAGAAGACAAGGCAGAUAUCCAUGUAACCACCAAAAAACUUCAAAUAGAAUCUGUUGAAAUUUUAAGCUGUUCAAGUUCUAUAAUUGAUGACAACAAGAAGAAUGCUAGUCCAUCACCAUCACCAACACCUUCUAUCCCAAAUCCUGAAAAUUUGGGGCAUCCUGGUUUCUUGUCUCGUCCUGCUGGCCUUGGCUCCUCUGUUCCUUUAUUGGAGCCUUCUGGUCGUUCUCUUCAGCAACCCAAGGCUAAUGGCUCUGCUCCCUGGAGGUUAUCUCAGCCAUCUGAAGAGCCACCUGCUGACGAUGGAGAGGUGAAUGAUGAGACACAUGAAAAGCUCCAAAUGAUCCGGGUUAAGUUUCUCCGUUUGGCUCAUAGGCUUGGGCAAACACCCCACAAUGUGGUAGUUGCACAGGUUUUAUACAGGUUAGGUCUGGCCGAACAACUUAAGAGAAACACAAACAGACCAGGUGUAUUCAGCUUUGAUCGAGCUAGUGUUAUGGCAGAGCAACUUGAGGCUGCUGGUCGGGAGACCUUGGACUUCUCUUGCACGAUAAUGGUCAUUGGAAAAACAGGAGUAGGCAAGAGUGCUACCAUCAAUUCUAUAGUUGAUGAGAUUAAGUUGCCAACGGAUGCCUUCCAGAUGGGCACGAAGAAGGUCCAAGAAGUAGUGGGCACGGUACAGGGGAUCAAGGUGAGGAUUAUUGACACACCUGGUCUGGUCUCUUCCUGUUCAGAUCAGCAUCGCAAUGAGAAAGUACUUCAUUCUGUCAAGAGGUUCAUCAAUAAAACUCCUCCAGAUAUCGUUCUUUACUUUGAUCGGUUGGACAUGCAGAGUAGGGAUUAUGGGGAUGGUCCGCUGCUACGAACCAUCACCAGCAUAUUUGGAGCAUCCAUUUGGUUCAAUGCAAUUGUUAUUCUGACACAUGCUGCAUCUGCUCCUCCUGAAGGUCCAAAUGGUAGUCCUUUGAGUUAUGAAACGUUUGUGUCUCAGCGGUCUCAUGUUGUUCAGCAAGCAAUUCGUCAAGCUGCUGGGGAUGUACGGCUUAUGAACCCUGUUUCCCUGGUAGAGAACCACUCAGCUUGUAGAAUGAAUAGGGCUGGCCAGAGAGUACUACCAAAUGGUCAGGUUUGGAAGCCACAGUUGUUACUACUUUCAUUUGCUUCCAAAAUUUUGGCCGAGGCCAACAUGCUUCUGAAGUUGCAGGAUAGUCCUCCUGGUAAGCUGUUUGGUUCUCGUCCAAGAGUUCCUCCGUUACCUUUUCUGUUGUCCUCUCUUCUCCAGUCAAGACCCCAACUUAAAUUGCCAGGAGAGCAGUUUGGUGAUGAUGACAACUUGGAUGAAGAUGUGGAUGGGACAUCUGAUUCUGAUGAGGGUUCAGAUUAUGAUGAAUUGCCACCUUUUAAGCCUCUCACCAGAUCUCAAUUGGCAAAGCUGAGCAAAUUACAGAAGAAGGCAUAUUUUGAGGAACUAGAUUACAGGGAAAGGCUCUUUUAUAAGAAACAGUUGAAGGAGGAGAAGAGGCACCGAAAAUUUGCGAAGAAAAUGGCAGAUAUGGCCAAGGAUAUGCAAGGUGGGCACAGUAAUGGGGAUAUGGAAGAAGAAACUAGUGGCCCAGCAUCUGUGCCCGUACCUAUGCCAGAUUAUGUUCUUCCCAAUUCUUUUGAUUCUGAUAAUCCUACUCACCGAUAUAGGUUUCUGGAUUCUUCGAACCAAUGGCUUGUCAGGCCUGUGCUUGAUUCCCUGGGCUGGGAUCAUGAUAUUGGUUAUGAAGGCUUGAAUGUGGAAAGAGUGUUUGUUAUCAAAGAUAAGAUCCCAAUGUCAGUCUCUGGCCAGCUUACAAAGGAUAAGAAGGAAUGUUCUCUUCAAACGGAGGUGGCAAGUUCAAUCAAGCAUAGUGAAUCAAAAGCGACUUCAUUAUGCCUGGAUAUGCAGACUGUUGGGAAGGACAUAGCCUACACAUUACGUGGUGAAACGAGUUUUAGAAAUAUCAGGCGUAACAACACAGCCGCAGGAGUUUCAGUUACUGUACUUGGGGAUUCAGUGUCAGCUGGCCUAAAGUUUGAAGAUAAGUUGAUGAUUAGCAAAAGAUUCAGAGUUCUUCUGACCGGUGGUGCAAUGGCUGGUAGAGGUGAUGUAGCUUAUGGAGGCCGUCUUGAGGCAACUUUAAGGGACAAGGAUUAUCCUAUAGGACGGGCUCUUUCAACUCUUGCACUGUCUAUUGUUGAUUGGCAUGGAGACCUCCAACUUGGCUGCAAUCUUCAAUCUCAGCUUCCCUUGGGCAGAGGAACUAAUGUAAUCGGUCAUGCUAACCUGAGCAACAAAGGAACAAGUCAAUUCGGUAUUCGUCUGAAUAGCUCUGAGCAUCUUCAGAUAGCUUUGCUCGCCUUUGUUCCCAUAUUAAGAAAUGUCAACAAAAUAUUAUUUGGUUCUUCUCAGUUUAUGUAAGCUGUUGGCUAUGAGAAAGGGGUAACAUGAGAAGCUGCUCAGGACCUGGAAGUGACCUUAGGAAUCCUCUUGUACCCCAAGGAAAAGGUUUUUGGUGGAAUUUUUUUCUUUUUUUCCUUAGAAUUUUACUUUAUGUAUGAAAUAGAAUGAAUAGCCUGCUAGAAUUGUCGCUUGA